AUGACCAAGAAAGGCAUUUGUGCAUUGAUGUUAUCUAUAUCAUUGCCAACUGUUAAUGUUAGCAAUGGUAAUAAAACGAUAGGAGCAGUUGGAAUAGUAAAACUUAAUCUUCAUUUAGUACUCCUAAAAAAGUUUUUGUCAGACCCACCGAUAGAGGUAAAAUAA